AUGGACCUCUUGCCGAAGAUCAACACAGUCGAUAUCCGCCGACUCUGUGGGGAUCAGAUCAAGAUCAAGAAGAAAGGUGCGGACGUGGGCAGCGCAGACCAGAGGGCGGAGGAAGCAGCUCAGAAGGAGAUCAAGAAAGGAGACAAGGACGUUUCGGACGCCAAGUCAAGGUUCCUGGAGAGGAAGCGAAUGCGCGAGGAGAAGUUGGCGCAGAUGAAGUAG